AUGGUAGCCGAGGAUGCCCUUGCAAUGGUCGAAAUGUUGUGUGCUCAUCAAGUUGUUGAUGUGGUACUCGAAAUAUACCUUGUACGAAUAAAGUUAGUCUGUCAAUCAGAUGUUUUAAUACGUUCAUUUGGCUUACAGUUUGAUUCAUUAAAAAAUCAAAUAGUUUAGUAGACAUUUUAAUCUUUACAAUUAUGAUUCAGGAACGAGGAGAAAACUCACAGGCCACAGCUCGAACUAUGUCGCAAAGAAAGUCGCCUUUCUCAUUCAUCGGUUGAUUUUGAAGAAACACAAAGAGAAAAGAAACACAAAGAUGUAAAAGUAUGUAGAGCACCAGAGGUCUGUUUGUUUCUAUAUUUAGUUUUCUAACUAAACUUUCCUGCAUAAGACAUAAUUUGCUAAUUAAUUUGCUAACAUACAAACAAGUCUUAAACCAAAAAUGUACUGCAAGUACUCAACUAGUUUGUGCUGUUUGUGUGUGUAUGUGGUGUCUAGGCAAAAUGAUACAGCAUCGUCCCAGUUCAGGAUAGCCUUAUCCCUCCCAUCCUUUGACAUUAGGAAAUGUAAGCCUCUAUACAACCCUGAGCUCCAGCGGGCAUCUGGAUUUAUUCGCACAGUAAAUCCCUUUCUACUUCUCCGGCAUGUAAUUUUGGCAGCUCCUUUGUAUCUAACAGCAGAUAACUGUUGCUUGAUGUACCACUGUUCACUUGUACCACUGUUCCAUAACCAAUACUCAACUAACCAUGCUCAAGUAUUCUUAGAUUCGCUUAUAAGUGACCUUCGGGGCAAUCUUUGAAUUGCCAUCAAAAGUUAGUACACCUGUUUGCCGCCAUGCAUCAGCACCAACUUUGUGCGAUUUAAGAAAUUCUUCCAUUUCUUCACUAAUGUUUGGGAUUUAGUAAUAAUCUUAGAUACUGCAUUUGGCACUUUUCGUUUCAAAAAACAAUUCUUGGCCUUUUUAUGUCAAAGAAUCGCUUCUUUCGUCUUCUUGCAAGUUUUUGUUGCUUCCCUAUCUUGUUAAUACUGUCUUCUGACACACAGUCAUCUGGAUUGUCUGAUUCUGAGUCUGUCACAUCUAGUAAUUCAUCACAGUAUUCUUGCUUAGACUGACCUAUACAUACUGUAUAUCUGUUCCAUCCUCCGCCAUUUUAUUUUCUUCAUUAUCAGAGAUCCAGACACAUUGGCAUCAUCAGAACUCUCAUCAGAGUCGCAUGAUUUAUCACUUGACAGAGUAAUUGGUAUUUGCAACAAUUUUCUAACUGCUUGUUCACUCUUAUAUGUGAGAUGUGGGGAACAAGCUUUGUAGGUACUUGAAAGUUCAACAAUAUCUCUAUCUUGAACUUGUUUAGCAAUAUCAACCUGACCAAUCUUUACAUUCAAUACUGUCCAACUUAUGAAAAAUUGAACAAUAACAAGGCCUAACAGUAACAAAAUCAUCCAGGCUAAAAUCUGCUGGUAAAGGCGAAAUAUAUAAACCACUUCCUAUUUUGUAUUUGUCACCUCCUAUGGACUUGAAUUGCAUAUAUCUGUAUAAUUACAUAUUAAAUUGCCUAUUCUCAUUCAUCACCAUUAAAAGUGAAACUGUCUGUCGAUGACUUUGAUGCUUGCUCGUCUUGUGCGUUAUUAGUAUUUUUUGGCACGUUGGAUCCUGAAGUGUUGGGUACUGGAAAAGCUUCAUUAGCCUUGAGGAAAUCCUUGAUGCUAUUUGUUGAAUCAGAUUUACUAGAACAAGGAGCACUCUUGUACUUUUCUUUGACUUUGUAGUACAAUUGAGAUUUUAUAUCCUUUUUGAUCUUGGAUAUGACCACAUCAACAUGAACAAUAUCGCAUAAAUAAACACUAUUAAUGACUGAGCACAAUAUGUUUUGAAUCUAUGUUUUGAUUCGUAUGUAAAAAUCAUUUUGAUGUUUUUUUUUGUGAUAUAAAUAAUGAGAGAACAACUUUGUUCAUAAACUAAAUUUUAAUAAAGCAUUAAUACACCACUGCACUAUAUUAGAUAAUGGGACAAUUGCAAAUUAUAACAACAUUUGUUGUAGGAAAUUGGGGAUUGCAUGUUGCACCACAUUAUAAUAAAGCUGAUUGCAUAGAGCAUCUUCAACCUUCGGUUUUGACUCUUUUUAUGAAACUCUGCAAAGCUUGGUUGCGAAAUGUUGUAAAAUGCGGAAAAUAUAGCCUUGCAAAGUUCGCAAAUUUUGUAUCGUUUUGUAUUGUGUGCAGGAAAUUGCUACCACAUUUGGGCCGAAAAUGUAGCAAUUUCCGCAAGCAAUACAAAAGUGUACAAAAUUUGCAAACUUUGCAAGGCAUAUAGAUGGGAAUCAUAAGCUUGUGAGAUGGAGGCUAGUAGUACAUCAUGGCAUUGACGGGUUUAGUAGAUUGGUGGUGUUCGCUCAAUGUUCAUCAAACAAUCGAGCAGAAACUGUUCAUUCCAUCUUUUUGAAAGCUAUUCCAAUAUAUGGGUCGACCACUUAAGAUCCGAGCAGACCUUGGAGGUGAAAAUGUUGAUAUCUGGAGAGAUAUGGCUGCUAGUCAUAGUGAAGAAAACAGGCCUGUACUUGUUGGAAAGUCUGGUACACAAUCAGCAUAUAGAGAGACAUAA